CGGCUUUACUAGGCUUUACUUAUAUGGUCAACGUGGCAAUGGCCCCGUGAUGACAGAUGUUGGGCAGCCCAACGAGGCAACCGCGAAGCGUCCGGCGGAGUUGCUGGCAGAGAGGAUGGACUCCCUGCACUGCACGCCCUUCGGGGACUCCCCAAGCCUGCCCUCGAAGCGGCCGCGUGGCCCACCAGUUCUGCGGGCCUUGGCUGACUCCGAGGCGGCAGGAGAGCAAGCGCCGGCGUCAAGCGACUGGCGCAUGGUGCUCUACCAUGACCGGAAUGUAGUCUUGUACAACCCAGAGGAGAAGCCGGCGUUCCGCUCUCGCCGACUUUCCGUUGACGAGGCAGCCCCUGGCACAGAGCUCUCGAACCCCUCGGGGCGCUGCCCACUGUGCCGACAGACUGUGGAUGCUCGCUUUGCGUUCGCCGCGCAGGCCUACUUCGAUUUGCUCCAAGGCCUUUUCCGCUCGGGUGGCCGUGAUACAGAGGGUGAGGAUAUCGACCUGCUGUCAGAAACUGAUUUGUACAGGAUUCUCGGAGUGUCACGCAGCGCCAAAGCAGAUGACAUCAAACGCGCGUACCGCAAGCGCUCCUUAAGGUUUCACCCAGACAAGAAUCCCGACGAUCCAGAUGCGAAGCUCAAGUUUCAGAAGGUGGCCGAGGCCUUCACCGUGCUUUCUGAUGAGAACAAGCGAGCUAAAUAUGACAACUCCGGUGACAUGGACCUGGAGGGCUUCGACGUGGAGACUUUCAUGGAGAUGGUCAACGCCGCCGGGCUAAAGUUUCAGAAGACCUGCGAUGACCGGGAGGAUUUCCAGGAGGAUUCGCGGCGCUCCGACGAAGAGGCCGAUGCCAUGGAGGCUAUCGGGGACGGCGACGAGGAGUAUGAAAAGUACGAGGUGAAAGCGAACCCCUUCCUGCUGGGCGCAACUCUGGUGGAGGUGCCUGUGGUCGCCUCCGAGGGUGGAGCCGAAGCUGAGCAAGCUGCCGCAGCCGCCUUGCGACACCUGCCAGCCGGACUGCUGAACACAGGGUACUACGCUCGUUUCUUCCAGGAAACGCGGCUGCUAGGCUCUGGCAGUUUCGGAGCUGUGUAUCUAUGCCGUCACGUUUUAGACGACAUGAUGUUGGGCGACUAUGCGGUGAAAAAAGUCCCUGUGGGAGACAACAAGGUGUGGCUGCGCGACAUGGUGCGAGAGGUCAAGACGUUCGAGCGCUUGCAUCAUCCCAACAUUGUCGAGUACAAGCACUCCUGGCUGGAGCUUUCCCGAAGAUCUGAGUUCUGCCCCUUUGUACCCUUCCUUUUUAUUCUCAUGCAGUACUGCAACGGGGGCUCCCUGGCCGAGAUGAUUUGGCAUGACGGCAGUCCCAUAACUCCCAAAGAUCCGCUCUCAACGGAGCAGACGUGGCACUUCUUGGUAGACAUUUUGCUGGGCCUUCAGCAUCUACACAGGCAGGGAAUCCUUCACAGAGACCUCAAGCCCACAAACAUCCUGCUCUCGUGGGAAGACAGUGGCAGACGCGCGGCAAGCCCACGGGCGCUGCUCAGCGACUUCGGCACGGCCCAGGCAUUCGGGGAGCCACCUGCCAGCGCCACAGCAGCAAAGUCGCGUGGCUACACCGGAACUGUGGAGUACACCGCCCCAGAGCUGCUCUUCGAGGACGAGCGAGCGUACUCUGAGAAGAGCGACAUGUGGUCGCUUGGCAUGGUCCUGUACGCCAUGUGCUUUGCAUCCCUGCCCUUUUCGCAUGAUGAUCCUCAUGUGCUCAAGGCAUUUGCUUUGCCUCUUUGCAACUUUUGCGUUCUGCUUUCUUUCUUUCUUUCUUUCUUUCUGUCUUUCCAGAGCCUGAUCAAGUCCUUCGUAGAGGAGAAGCGCAAUGACAGCGCAGCGCCCAGCGCAGAGGAGGACGCUUCCAGCUGGCUGCCCUUCGAUGCCGGCGGUCGCAUCGGGCCCCUGCGCCUGGUGCUGGCAGCAUUGCUUGCGCUGGAUGCGCGGCGCCGGCCUGCCACUGCAGACUUGUUGGAGAACCCGGUCUUCCGGCGCCAAGCCCGCAGAUACCUCCGCAAGCCUGAGAGCGCUCUGCCCAUUGACUCCUCGUGGAACUGCUUUGACUGAGCGCUUGCCAUCGCUUGCCUGCACAGGCGAUAAUGCAGCCCUCCACGACUGGAGAGAG